AUGAAGGGGCCGGGCAGGGGUCGGAAAACUCCCACGUACAGCCCCAUAACGGAGAGCCUGUACCUCAAGCUGAAGGACCCACUGGGGCCGCACGUCAACUUAAGCAACUCCCUCCCGUCGAGCGAAAAAAAAAAAAAACUCCACAAAAGGAUAAGCUUCAGUAGUUUUUCAAAUACCACAUGUAGCGACAUCCAAAAGCUGAGCAGUUACCUCCCCAUAGAAAAUAAUAUCAUCCUGGUGACCCUGGGAAACUACUCUUUCAAAGUUGGGCUGAUAAAUAAGUACGACGUUAAGUUACAAAGCUUGCGGGUUCCCCAAAUGGAAGUGAUUGAGCCAUGGAAGCAGCUGGGCUAUGCACACCCUCCUUAUCAAAACUACGAAAUAGUGGAAGAGUGCCUUUUCCACUGCUUCAGUAAUGUAUACAAAAUAAAUUUAAAAGACAAAGAUUUGUUUAUUCCCUUUUCUAGCACGAACAGUACGCAUGAUUUUUCCACCCUGGGGGAUAUUCUCUUUGACACCUUUCAAGUGCAGAGUGUGACCUUCCGGGAGCCCUCCUUUCUCUCUUCCCUCAUCAUUUUGGAGAACCUGGCGAAGGAGAGGCAGGAGAGGCAACACGGCCGUGAGGCCCUCCUCUAUAGAGAUGAUCAGAAGGACUCUUCUACACCAUGUAACCACACCGGGGACGCGGUUGCAAUGGGGGGAGAAAAAAUCAAAGGGGAACUUAACGCGCCGCGGAAAAAAAUUCUGGGGAGGGAACCCUACCCGGAGGAGUGCCUCGCCAACCUACACGCUUUAAACCUGUUCAAUUUUACGGCCAUCCUAGUCAACAUCGGGAGUACUAAGACGACCUGCACACCGGUGAUAAACGGGAUUCCACUGCCCGACCUCACAAGCACCUACCCCAUCGGGGGGUACGACAUAGACAAUCAAAUUUACGAUGAAAUGAAAGAGAAUCAAAUUUGCCAAAAAGACAUAUCCAUGGAGGCUGCCAAAAUUGCAAAGGAGAAAAGGGUAUUCACUCCGAAGAGUAGAGAAGACUGUGGUUAUCUCUCCCUACUCUACGAUCAAACUCCGCGUAAUUAUCUAGUUAGCUCAUUCGAUUUACACUUUAAUAAAAUAUCCUCCUCGGCAGUAGCCUCCACUGAAAUAUUCUUCUCUCCAUCUCAUUUGGGAAAUUACUUAAAAACGGAGUCGUACACGCAGCUGCACAGGUACGAUGUGGACGAGGGAUUUCGUUUGAGCGGGUCCCCCAGUUGGGUCCCCAAUUUGACCGUAGGGGAGUCCUCCCCCAGCUGCAUCUCGAAGUGGACCGUAGGGGAGUCCUCCCCCAGCUGCAUCUCCAAAUCGACCGUAAGGGAGUCCUCCCCCAGCUGCAUCUCGAAGUGGACCGCAAGGGAGUCGCCCCCCAGCUGGAAGGCCAGCCUGAGCGCCGCCCUCACGCAGAGCACCCUCCCCUGCGUUAUAUAUGACACCAUUCAAAAGUGCCCCAUCGAUACUCGAAAGGAACUCUUCGAAAAUAUUUACCUCACGGGGGGGUCCAGCAUCAUCAGGGGCUUUCGUGAGAGGUUGCAAAAUGAAUUGUAUGACUUUGUAAAGAGGAAAAACUUUUACAGCAACGUUUGCAUCAAUGUGCAUGCUAUGCGGAGGAGGACGCUGCAGAAAUAUGCCACCUACUCGGGGGCCCACUACUUUUUGGAGCUGUUCGAUUAUCACAAUUAUAAGAUCACGCGGGGGGAUUACCAGGAGUACGGGGACAGCGUCCUGGAGCGCCUCAGCUUGCAGGGGGGGCUUCUCUUCUAG